AUGAUCUCCAGAACGUCUUUCGCGCGAUCGGCGCAGCAGGUGGCUCGCCAGUCGGCCGCCGCCCGACCUUCCCAGUGCCGAGGUCUUGCCAGCGCUGCCUCCUCCGGCAUCUACGAGCCCUCCGAAGCCAGCGGCGUCAAGGUCGCUGCUCGCGACUCCCACGGUCCUACAGCCAAGCUCGCCGUCGUGGCCAAGGCCGGUACUCGCUACCAGCCUCUGCCUGGUCUGGCUGCUGCUCUGGAGUCGUUCGCCUUCAAGAACACCCAGAAGCGGUCCGCUCUCCGAAUCACUCGCGAGUCAGAGCUGCUCGGUGGCCAAUUGGCUGCGUACCACACCCGGGAAGCUCUCGUUCUCGAGGCAAGCUUCCUCCGCGACGACCUCCCCUACUACGUCGAGCUGCUCGGCGAGGUUGUCUCUCAGACCAAGUACACCACGCACGAAUUCCACGAGGAGGUCCAGGAGACCGUCCGCCAGAAGCAGCAGGCCGCCAGCGCCAACCCUGCUGGGCUCGCCCUCGAUGCCGCUCAUGCCGUUGCCUUCCACCGCGGCCUGGGAUCGCCUUUCAACCUGACCACCAGCGCCCCUACCAAGCCUUAUCUCAGCGAGUUCGCCAUUGCCGACUUUGCCGACUCUGCAUACGCCAAGUCCAACAUCGCUGUUGUCGCCGAUGGCGCCUCCACCGCCGAGCUGGCCAAGUGGACUGAGCAGUUCUUCAAGUCUGCCCCUACUGCGUCCUCCGGCAAGCUGGCUCUGAACACAACUGCCACCAAGUACUACGGCGGCGAGUCGCGUGCAUCGCACACCGCAGGCAAUGCCGUGGUCAUCGCAUUCCCCGGCUCCAACUACGGAUCCAAGUCUCCCGAACUGGCCGUCCUGGCUGCUCUCCUCGGAGGCCAGUCUAACAUCAAGUGGACUUCCGGCUUCAGCCUGCUCUCCAAGGCCGUCGGCACCAGCCCUGGCCUAAAGCUUGCCACGACCAACCUCGGCUACUCCGACGCCGGUCUCCUGACCAUUCAAAUCUCUGGACCCGCUGCUGCCGUUCGCAAGGCCGCCGAGGAGGCUGUCAAGGCGAUCAAGAGCGUUUCUGAGGGUUCCGUCAGCAAGGAGGACUUGGCUAAGGCUAUCGCUAGGGCCAGGUUCGACGCUUUGGAGGCGAGCGAGGGCCGCAAUGCCAGCCUCCUGCUGGCUGGAUCCGGCCUCGCCCAGGCCGGCAAGCCCGUCAACAUUGCUGACAUUAUCAAGCCCAUUGAGUCCGUGACAGCAGAGAAGUUGAAGACAGCAACCAAGACCAUCCUCGACGGCAAGGCCACUGUCGCCAGUGUUGGAGACCUUUAUGUGCUUCCUUACGCCGAGGAGCUUGGUCUCCGAGUAUAG